AUGAAGUUAGCAUUCUACACCACAGCCAUUCUCUUCUCAAGUGGCUCAUACGCCGCAACCAUGAGGCGAGUGAUCCCAGACUUUACCACUUCAGAAGCCGGCAACCCUUUCGUGGACGGGUGGUACGCCGAUCCCGACACAUGCGUCUACAAGGGCCAGUAUUGGGUAUUCCCGACCUCAUCCUACGCCUAUGACGAGCAGACCUAUCUCGAUGCUUUCUCUUCGACCGACUUGAUACACUGGACUAAGCAUGCGAACAUCCUUACCAAAGCCCAAGUUGGUGGUAUUGGUGUUGCUGUUGCAGACCAGCCCGAGGGCCCUUACAAAGAUGCGAUCGGGAAGCCGCUCAUUGGCGAGUACCAUAAUGGGGCACAGCCCAUUGAUCAAGAUGUCUUCAUCGACGAUGAUGGUCAGGCGUACAUCUACUAUGGUGGCCACGCGCAUGCCAAUGUUGCAAAGCUGAACAGCGAUAUGGUCAGUAUCGGUACCUUUUCAGAUGGCACUCAGUUCAAAGAAAUCACACCCGAGAACUAUGUGGAGGGUUCUCUGAUGUUCAAGCGCAAUGGGAAGUACUACCUCAUGUGGUCUGAAGGAGGCUGGACGGGCCCAGAUUACUCAGUCUCAUACGCCAUUUCGGAUUCGCCCAUUGGCCCUUUCAACCGAGAAUCCAAGAUCCUUCAGCAGGAUACCGCUGUGGCAACGGGUUCUGGCCACAACGGGGUCAUUAAUGUCCCUGGAACCGACAUCUGGUACAUCUUCUAUCACCGCCGGCCACUGGGUGACAGCGACGGCAAUCAUCGUCAACUCGCCUAUGAUAGGAUGGAAUUCAAUGAGGAUGGGACAAUCAAGCCCGUCACGAUGCUCGUCAAGGACAACUUUGAUGACGGGAACCUGAUUGGGUGGAAGACCUCUUUUGAAGGGUCCUUCUUAGUCAAUGACGGGAAGCUUAAGGCGGAAAAGACCACAAGUGGGAAGGCCCUUCAGAACACAGGAUUCGAAGACCUGAUAUUUGAUAUCGACAUCGCCCUCGUCGAUCCAGAUGUUGGGUCAAAUGCUCAAGAUUCUGGUGAUGCGGGAGUUCUUUUCGGUGUUACGAGCGCUUCCGCAGGAAUCGAUAGCUUGACUGGAUUUUACGCUGCAAUUGACGCAUCGGGCGAGGUCAUUCUGGGUCAAAUGGACCAGAGCUGGACUCAACUAGCAUCUGUCCAGACACCGAUCCAGGCUGGAACGAAUUACCAUCUAAGGGUGACUGUGGUCAACAAGGAGGUUAAGGUCUUUGUUGAUGAUAUGAGUGCGCCUAAGCUGACGCACAUCGUGUCGAAGAGUACAAAGGGAACCACGGGAGUGCGAGUGUUCCGGACCGGGGCUCUCUAUGAUAACCUUUCUGUUGCACAUCCGCAGUAA